UUCUCGGCCCUUCUCGACGCGGCCUUCGUUCCCGUCCAUCGUCACCACCAUGUCCGGCUUCGGCGGCGGCGCGGCGGCGCGAGUGGACCCGGAGGCGGCGGCGGAGCUGGUGCGGGAGGGCGCUACGCUCUUCCUCCUUGACGUGCCCCAACGCACCCUCCUCGGCGUCGACGCUCAGGUGUUCUCCGUCGGGCCUAAGUUCAAGGGGAUCAAGAUGGUGCCCCCGGGGCCGCAUUUCGUCUACUACUGCUCCCCCAACAGGCACGGGAACGAGUUUGCACCUACUGUCGGAUUCUUUCUUACUACUCACCCUUCUGAGGUCAUUGUUCGAAAGUGGCACACACAGGAGGAGAGAUUAAUAAAACUGUCAGAAGAGGAGGAAAUCAGAUACUCUGAAGCAGUAAGGCGUUUCGAGUUUGACAGUGAGCUUGGACCAUAUAACUUGGAUUCAUUUGGAGAUUGGAAACAACUUUCAAGCUACUUUUCACAGAGUAUCAUUGAACGUCUUGAACCAAUUGGUGGGGAAAUUACAAUUGCAUUGGAGUCAUCAUGGAUAGAUAGAGCUCCCCAAACUGAUUUGGAGAGACGUUUAAUGGACCAACUAAAAGAUGGCAAGUUUACAAAGAAUGCUCCUGUGCGGUCUGAAUGGAAAGGAUGCUACUAUACAACUAUCCCUGCUUCGAUUAAACAUAGUAGCAUCUCUGGGAAUGAGCUGACUGCGUUAAAUCUGGACAAAACAAGCUUGCUGGAGUGUGUUUUGGCCAAGAAUUAUCAAGGCCAAGAGGAGUUACUCUUGGGAGAGCUGCAGUUCGCAUUCAUAGCAUUUAUGAUGGGACAGUCACUGGAGGCUUUUAUGCAAUGGAAAGCACUAGUUAGUCUUCUUUUGAGCUGUAGUGAAGCUCCUCUUCACACAAGGACCAACAUGUUUGUAAAGUUUAUUAAGGUAAUUUACUAUCAACUCAAGCAUGGCUUUCAGCGCACACAUGAUUCUGGGGGUCAUGAGGACAUGGGGAAUUCUCUGUUCUUGGAUGAAGCAUGGUUUUCGAAAGACAUAUUUCUAUAUCGUCUUUCCAAGGAUUUUGUUGCAGUGAUACUUGAAGCCCCAAUUGUUGACGGCGACCUUCUGUCAUGGACUCGAAAAUUGAAAUCGCUUCUGGAGACCACUUUUGGAUGGGAUCUUGACAACAAUACUGUGAAUCUAAUUGAUGAAGAUGAUGAGUUUGCUCCUGUGGUUGUGGAAAUGGAUGGGUGAUGAUCACAGACUCUGGGGGAUUUUUGAAGCCACAUUCCCUUAAGUUCAUAUAGGUUUGACGACAAUACGCAAUUUCCCCCUUCUAUUCAGUCACCCAUAUAUAAAAUUACAUGGAAUGCCAGCGAAACUAGUUCUUGGUUUCUUAGGUUGCGACUGGAAUCUCCAUUGUUCCUACAGACUUACUCUGCUCUUACUAGCAUCUAAAAAUGUACUGAAAUGUUCAAUUAAUAUGUAUUUCUAGGACAUCUGUCUGACUAACGUAGGGCUUGCUUACCAGCUGGCUACUUGAUGAGUGAUGGUCGAUGGAGAUGUAUACAAUUAGGAUUUUAUGGCAGUAUCCCGGUGUCCGAAAACUCUGUUUGUAAAUAUACUACGUCUUACUUGCACCAACAAUGGUAGAUGUUGUCCAAAGUCCAGUUGAUCUGUGUGCGUGUGCUAAACGUGAUUUUGAGUAGAUAAGUGAAAAAUAGAGUCCAUGCACAAUACAAUGAGAUACCAUGCAUAUAAUCCGUAUACAGUUAGCAUGCAGUACGUGUGACCUAUGUGUCACAGUACUUUUUUCUUCUUCUGUAUAUUCCUGUUUAUUGUAUUUAACAUUAAUUCUUAGCAUGAUCUACAGUUGUGAUAAUACUACUUACAUAAUCAAUAUCUAGAUG